AGCAAAGACAGAGAUAGAGAGCGAAAAAAGCGAGAUAGAGAGCGAAAAAAGAGAGAUAGAGAAGAGAGAGAGGAGAGAGAGAAGAGAGACAGAGAGAGAGAGAGACAGAGAGAGAGAGAGAAGAAAGAGAGACGGAGAGGAGAGAGAGGAGAAAGAGAGAAGAAAGACAGAGAGAGAAGAAAGAGAGAGAGAAGCAAGAGAGAAGGAGAGAGAGAGAGAGAGAGGCACAGGAGAAAAAGAGAUAGAGAAGAGAGAGAGAAAGACAGAGAAGAAAGAGAGAAGAGAAGAGAAGAGAGCGAGAGAAGAAAGAGGAUAAAGAGAAGAAAAACAGAGAAGAAAGUUUGA